AUGGCGAGCCGCCUGAAGGAGUACCGCUACUACCUCAGCAGCGGCGUGAGCACGGGCAUCUCCGUCAAGGUCUCGCUCGUGGAGCUGGCACCGGCGCUCGGAUGCUCCGUGAGCAGCGAGACGCCGCGCCGCGAGGCGUCCGAGGCGCGGCUGGAGCAGCUGGCGGGCUCGUCCUCCGAGGUGCGCAACUCGCCCGUGAGCGAGAUCUUCCUCACGGCGCAGGUCUUCUCCGACGGGCUGCCGCUGCACCCCAUGGUCAUAAGCUCCAAGAGCCCCACCAAGUGCAGCAACUCGACCAUCUACUGGAACGAGUGGAUCUCCUUCCCCGUGCGCUACCGCGACCUCUCGCGCAACUCGCUGCUGGCCAUCACGAUCUGGGGCGUGGGCUGGGUGCCCAUCGGCGGCUCCACCAUCUCCUUCUUCACCAAGCAGGGCGUGCUGCGCGACGGCGUGCAGUGUCUGCGCAUCUGGGAGGGCCGCGAGGCCGACUCGUCCCCCAACACGUCCACGCCCUCGGAGAUCGACGAGGAGUGGGUGCGCCAGGAGUGCUUCCGCCUCGACAAGCUGCGCGAGAAGUACGAGCGCAAGGAGAUCGCGCGCAACGAGUGGAUGGACAGCGUCACGGACCGCCGCAUCGCGCGCAUCCGGCGCGGCAGCGAGCCGCCCACGAGGAGGGACGCGCUGGGCCCCUUCUGCUCCUACCGGGAGGACGCGCUGCUGUGGCUCGAGAUGCCUUACUUCGGCGACGUCGUCGUGUACGAGGAGGAGCCCUACUCGCAGCGCAACCUCACGUCCUCGUACACGGCAGACAUGGGCCCCAGGCGGAUGAACUACGAGGGCAGCAGCACUCCGUCGUCGGCGCAGGCGUACGACUCGCACACACUCAGUGGGUCGUACGAUCUGGCCACGACGCCGGCGUCCUCCGGCUCCCGAGAGCUGCCCAGCCUCGUGACGGUGUGGGAUCCUGAUCUCAACGAAGACAACCCCGCCGAGCGCAAGUACCGUCGCCUUGCGCGUGAUAUCCUGCGUGGUUCCAUCGAUCCCAACCUCAAGCCCAGUCGUGACGAAAAGGCUCGUAUUGAGCAGUUGCUGGCAACGCCGACGGACAACCUCAAGAAUGAGGACAAGGACUUGCUGUGGAAGUUCCGCUACACGUUGACCGACAACAAGAAGGCGGUGGUGAAGUUCCUGCUGUCUGUCGAUUGGAAGGAUGAGCUGGAGGUGAAGCAAGCGACCGACCUGCUGUCCCAGUGGUGCGAGAUCGACAUCGCUGAUGCGUUGAAGCUACUCGGUCGCGAGAAGGAGUUCAAGCACGAAAUCGUGCGUCACUUCGCUGUGUCUACCCUUGCAACGGCGAAGAACGAAGAUCUGCUCGACUUUUUGCUGCAGCUGGUGCAGGCUCUGCGCUAUGAGAAGCCAGGUGCCUCCAUGACAUCUUCUCGCGGGCCCAUGAAUGGAGACGAAGCGUGCAGUACCGAUGGGUCGAUUUCUGGUGACAACCUCGGCCCACUAGCUCGGUUCCUCAUUGCUCGCUCAAGCACAAACUUCCAAAUGGCCAACUACUUCUACUGGUACUUGAAGGUGGAAGCAGGCGAGCAAGGAAACGACUCGGAGAUCUUCCACACCGUGCUAAACCAGAUGCUGACUGAGAUGAAGCGGGACGAGGAGAAGAAAUCUAUCUAUGAUAUGCUGAUGGCCCAACGCGAUUUCAUGAGCCACAUCUUGGCCAUUCACAACAAGGCACGCGAAGAAAAGGGAAGAAAGGAUCAAAAGGAGGAGAAGUUGCGGCAAUUCCUCAAGCAGUUCCCGUGGCCCAGGGGCACAGUCAUCUCGUUGCCUCUCGAUCCUACAGUUCAUCUGAGUGGAGUCGUCCCAUCCUCCGCCAAAAUGUUCAAGAGUGCCAUGUACCCCGCUGUGAUCCAGUUCCAGACAGUGAUCCCCCCAGCGGAUCAGCACCACCACGCCAUCACAGCCGAGGGCGACAGCCAUCAUCCCCCGAACUUGGCAAACUUGGGCCAAUCGAUGUUUGGUGGAAGUGACUCUAGCAUUAUGCGUGAAUCUCUGCCAACUCGAAUGAUCAGCUACUUGCACCGUGAAAAGGAAGGACCGAUGUACAAGUUUAUGGUGAAGAACGGUGACGAUCUGCGUCAAGAUCAGCUGAUCAUGCAGAUGUUCAUCCUGAUGGACCGACUGCUGAAAAAGGUGAAUCUCGACCUGAAGUUGACCCCGUACCGCAUUUUGGCCACGGGCGCGAACGACGGCCUGAUGGAAUUCGUGCAGGAUUCGUAUCCUGUAUCAUACGUGGUAUCCCAUUUUGAAUCGCCCCAGAUUGUUGGAUUCCUGCGGAAGCACAACCCAGACCCAACUGCAGAGUUUGGAAUCGCCCCCGAGGCUCUGAGCACGUACGUGAAGUCUGUGGCCGGCUAUUGCGUGCUGACGUAUCUGCUGGGAAUCGGUGAUCGCCACUUGGACAACUUGAUGAUGAAGGCCGAGGGACACCUUUUCCACAUUGAUUUCGGUUUUGUCUUCGGAGCUGACCCGAAGCCAUACCCGCCUCCAUUCAAGCUAACGAAGGAAAUGGUGGAAGGUAUGGGCGGCCCCACAAGCGAGCACUACCAGAAAUUCACAACGUACUGCUGUCAAGCAUACAACUGGCUGCGCAAGAGUGCUGAUCUGAUUCUGAACUUGCUAAGCCUGAUGGCGGACUCUGGCAUUGAAGAGUUGUCAGCGAACCCGGCUACAACUCUGCUGAAGGUGGAGGAGAAGUUCCGAUUGGAUCUGACUGACGAGCAGGCAGAGCAGUUUUUCCUCGGUCUCAUCAACGAUAGUGUGUCGGCCCUGUUCCCGCUGCUUGUGGACUGGAUCCACAAGGUUGCAACGAAGUUGAAGUAG